CUUUAACUCUGGUGGUAUUUGUAAUCUCAUAAACAGUAGGAUAUAAACUGACAAUAAACUACACCGUCUUCAUACUCGUUACUGACUCAGUGAUAUUGUACAAACUCAAUGAGGAAACAUUUUUAAAAUGAAUUCCCCUUGCUGGAUUCUAGUGCCAUUAGCAAUAGUGUUAAAUAGUGUAUUCGCCGAUGUGAGCUUUCAGAAGCCGAAGGUGCUGAUUGCCACAUUGAUUCGAAACAAGGAACAUACACUUCCGUUCUUCUUCUCUUAUCUCGAAAGUUUAGAUUAUCCGAAAGAUCGCAUCUCUCUUUGGAUACGUUCCGACCAUAAUGAAGAUCGAAGCAUCGAAAUUACGAAACAUUGGUUGAAAAAGGCAUCUCGGCUGUAUCACAGUGUUGACUUCGGUUAUCGCAGCGACGUGGGACGGAGAAAAGAUGAGGAGAGCAGCUUGCAUUGGUCCGAGGAAAGAUUCGCUGAUGUAAUCCGGCUCAAGGAAGAAGCCCUGAAUAAAGGGCGUAAAAUGUGGGCCGAUUAUCUAUUCUUCCUCGACGCGGACGUUUUCCUCACAAAUCCAGAUGCUCUCAACACGCUGGUUGAUCUGAACUUGCCAAUCGUCGCUCCAAUGCUGCUGUCUGAUGGGCUAUACUCCAAUUUUUGGUGCGGGAUGACGACCGAUUAUUACUACCAUCGGACUGAUGACUACAAGCAAAUUUUAAACUACGACAAGACCGGCCAGUUUCCGGUCCCGAUGGUCCAUAGUGCUGUGAUGGUAAAUCUCAACGUCGAACAGUCACUCAAUCUCACGUUCGAGAAGAAACGCCUUACAGCUGGACGUUACCAUGGCCCGCAGGAUGACAUCAUCAUAUUCGCGAUGUCAGCGAAUUUCAGUGGAAUUCCGAUGUACAUUUCGAAUUCAGCACUGUAUGGAUUCAUUCUGUUUCCGUUGGAGCAAGGAGAGACAGUGAAGAAGGAUUUUGAGCAACUGACCAACACAAAGGUUUAUAUUGUCAACGAAUAUGGUGCGUUGAAAAUCAAAGAUGAUAUGAAGCAGUUCAUUCCGGAUGUUCCUAAAGAUAAACUGAGUUUAUCGCACAUUUAUAUGAUCAAUUUGGAGAGGAGGCCGCUGCGGCGAAGGCAAAUGUUCAACAAUUAUGACGUGCUGGGUUUGGACGUGGAAUAUUUUCCUGCAGUGGAUGGCAAAAAAUUGAACGACGAUGUGCUGCGAGAAAUUGGCAUCGAAUUUCUUCCUGGAUAUACAGAUCCUUAUCAUAAAAGACCUAUGACGAUGGGCGAAAUAGGGUGCUUCCUCAGCCACUAUUACAUUUGGGAGAGGAUGGUGGAGCUCGAUCAGCAGGAAGUGCUAGUUCUGGAAGAUGAUAUCCGAUUUGAACCCUACUUCAAGCGACGUGUUCGCCAGGUGCUAGAUGAUGCUCGACGUAUCGGCGGUUGGGAUUUGAUUUAUCUGGGUCGUAAGCGACUCCAAGAAGAGGAUGAAAAGUGGAUAAACACAUCGGAUAAUCUUGUGAAGGCUGGAUAUUCGUAUUGGACCCUAGGCUACAUAAUCACACUGGAUGGAGCGAAGAAGCUAUUGGCGGAGAAACCUCUCAAAAAACUUCUCCCUGUGGACGAGUAUAUCCCCAUUAUGUUCAACAAUCAUCCAAACGAUUCUUGGGUAAGUCAUUUUCACGAUCGCACCUUGGUUGCAUGGAGUGCGGCUCCAUUGCUUCUGUACCCUACUCAUUAUACGGGCGACGAAGGAUAUAUUUCGGAUACCGAGGACUCUGAUCGCAUCGAUAGCGUUCCGAAACCAGGUAACGAUACAACGGAUAGUUCAAUUGAAAAGAAGGGAGACAAGGAACAGAUUAAUAGCAAUACGCUGAUAGAUUCAACUAUUACUAGAAACGAGCACGAGUUGAGUGUUAAAAAUAGAAGGACAGAACUUUAGCGUCGUGGUGUUUCAAAAGCGAGCGCUAUGGCUGCGAUACAAAGUCAUAGACAAGAUUAUAUUAGUUAAUACUUUGAACACAAUGGAAUGUUUACCAGAAAUUAUCGAUGUGCCUUACUGUAGUCUUAACGAUUUGCAUAGUUGUAUGCUUCUAAUAUACGGAUAUAGCUUUUUUGAAACAA